AUGAUUUCAAGUCCUCUCAUAUUGAAUAGAUUUUUCUCUUUUUCAGUUAUAACUACCAAGGUCAAGGGUCAUGAACAUUGUAAUCCGGAGCAGUUGAUGGAAUGUGCUAAGCCCCUUACAGUAUUUGAUGGUCUGACCUCUUUCAUAUCCAGCAAAUCAGAUUUAGAAAAAGUUUGCCCAAAUUUGAAGGAAGCAAUCAAGUGCAUUCAUACGUACACAAGACACUGCAUGAAUAAAGAAGAAAAACAAGCAUUCAGGGAACUCUUCAACGGAACAGGAAAAAUGGUACACGAGCUCUGUAGAGAAGGAGUUUAUCAAGAAGAAUACUUGAGGCACGCCCCUUGUAUGUCGCAGGUGGCAGGCGAAAGUGAAGUUUGUUUCAGAAGUUACACCAAAGCUAUGCAAAAAAUCCAAUCAGACUCCCCACCAGAAAUCAAAAUAUCAGAAUUGAGUAUAGAUACCGUUUUAAGAAAGAAAAGGAGGCAUGCAGCUGAUGAAGGCAUCAAGAAUGUUUGCUGUGCAUUUCAAGAGUUCAUCGAAUGUUCAACGCACGCAGUCAGACGCAGAUGUGGAGAUGAAUCUGCCAAAUUCAGUCAUAAAUUUUUCAACAAAAUGUCUGCCACUAUGUUACAGCUCCAUUGUUCCAACUAUGGCAGAAGAGAAUGUGGAAUGAUGUCCUCCUCCGUUUCAUUACAAAAUUCAGUUUUCGUAAUUCUAGCACUGAGCUUUUUUCAACUACUUGUACGAUAAACUGUAAUUGUUGAAUUGUAUUAGAAUUUCGAAUUUCUGUAUAAAUAGAAUAUGGAGAGCUAUCAGUAUUUUUAUAAAUUAUUGUUAUAGAAGGGGGAAUAAAAUUCAAUGGAAAAACAAGACGAUUUGGAUUAAAUAGGCAGUAGAAGAUGUGUAAUUUUUUUCACUUUUCCGUUCAUUUAAUACAUAUCGUCAGUUUUCAGACUUAUAGGUAUUAUAAUUAUCAUGGAGUUUUUCACAAUUCACUCUUAGAUUAGUUUUAGCACAAACGCUAGCCUUCUGAAUAGAAGAGGCUGUGGUUUCAUAAAUAUAUUAUUUUCAAAGACUGAUAGAGAGGUAUUUAGGAGUGAAAUACGCUCUAAGAUGUAAAAUGGUGAUUUUACAAAGAACUUGACCAAUUAUACUCUUCAAUUUCCUAUAUAAGCAAAUUUCAAUCUAGAAUUCAUGCUGUAUUCGGAACGAUUUUCGUGAAAAAAUUCCUACAUUGUUUGAAUCAAAUUAACACCGAAAGGUACUUGAACAUAUCUCACAUUUUUUGUAAAAUCACAAACAAUUUUCAGAGUAUUGUAAAUUGAAAUCCAUGACAUCUGUAUAUUUAUUCCGAUUUCACCUAGUAGGAUUUCUCAUAUCAUUAACAUAUCUUUUUAGGGUUAAGGUUGAAAAAUGUUGAGGCUGAACGAAUCUAUCAUUGUCUCUGUUCCUUACAAAUUAUCUAUUGUUACCUUUUCUAUAGUAGGCGUCUUGAGUGGAAAGUUGUAAAACCAAUAAGGAAAUCAAUCGUAGUCUCAAUAUGUUCGAAAAUAUCGAAUUUACUAGUUUCUACAAACGAAUAUAUAUUGAAUUGUCAAAUAGUAAUAUCAAAUAGAUUUUCAGAAUGGUACAUUCAGCAAAUAGUUUAAAAACACAUCUGGUAUUCAUCUAAAAUCUAGCUAUUAACAAACAACAAUCAAUAAAAAGUCAACACUUACAAUAAUUUUCUCAAUAGAAUUCCAUAUUUGAUACAUCUGACGUCAGACAUUAUUGCAAAACAGUAAUUGAGGUAUUGGAAUCAGUUAUAAGCCAAAAAUUAUCUUGUUUUGUAGUUCCUACAUAUAUCUAGUGGAAAAUUGUUGAUAUAUACAUAGAAAAAUAUUGAAGUUUAGAGAGUUUAUGUACGUAUUUAUUUGAAUUGUAUUUAAUUGUCCUAAUUGAAUGACGGUCGAAGUAACUCGGCUUGCAUGUAGUAGAAAAUUGUAUUCUUUCAAAAAAUUGUUUUAACAUAAUUGUGUGCGUUGAUUCGGCAGAUGUUUCCAAAAGUAAAAGACUAAUCUGGAAUAUUUAUUCAACAUCAUUCGCUUUGAAGUAAAUUAUUUUACCGUCCAUAUGUAAAUGCCAUUUUAUGUAAGUUAUGUAUGAGGAAGUAGGGGUUUUGCCAAACUCAAUAUCUGUGUACUACAUACAUCUUUGUAUGAAUGUGUGAGGAAGUUGGAUUUUAAAUAAAAAUAAAAGCAUUUCAAAAA